AUGACAUGGUGGGUUAGUAGUCUAGAUCUUGAAUCUACGACAAAGUACAACCUGGCUGCUAGGUGGUUGUUGCGUCAGAGCGGAAUUGUCCGCCAACGAGGGGAAGAGUUUGAUCCAGCCGAGCUACAGCAUCGCCCUCGACAGACAGCUGUGGACCCUCAGACUGGUGAGACGCAUGAGAUAGCACCAGUCGAUUAUCUGCAUGGAUUGAAUAAGCUGCUUUCUGCCUUGGAAGGUAUCAAUGGACAAUCUGUAUUGGAUGAACGAGGUGAACUGAGGACGCAUUUCUAUAACCAUCUGCAAAGGAAAGCUGGUGAACAUAUGAGUGAGUUUGCAACCCGUUUUCGCACUGCCGUUGCUGAUCUCAAAGCUGAAGGGGUGACACUUCCUUCAAGCGAGCUUGGAUGGUUUCUGAAAGAAAAGGGCGGACUUGACCCGCUCCGCAAACAGCUUUUGGAGACUGCACUUCAGGGUCAAGAGGAAUACGAGCAGAUUGAGCGUGAGUCAUUGAGGACGUUGUCGGAUGCCAGCCGACGAUCUGGUUCAAGUACUCCACGGGUCUAUUUGACUGAAGUGCCAGAGGACCCUGUGGAUGAGGAGGCACAGGCCUUUGCUGCUGAGUUGGAAGAAGCUGAACAAGAUGGUUUGGACCCCAGCACCAUUGAGACUUUGGAAGCCAAUUUUGAAUCAGCUGCUGAAACUCUGGUCACGAUGCGUGAAGCUCGCAAUCGACUGCAAGAAAUCAGAAAGGAUCGUGGCUACAAGAAGCCCGUGGAUGGUGCUGCAAAGGGUGGACCGAUUUCCAAGAAGAAUUCGAAGCAUCCAUGCUUCAAUUGUGGUUUGCCGGGGCAUUGGGCCGGUGACAAAGAGUGUCAGAAGCCUGGCCAAGGACUUGCUCGCAAAGCUGGAAAAGUUGCAGCUGCUCCCAAGCAAGUGCGUUUUGCAGAAGUUUGUCAAUCGGACGCCAUUGCCACUGACCCUAUUGACACAACCAGCACUGUACACGAAGCUGCCAUGGUGAAUGUUGCUGUUCGCCUUCCUUUAGACCAAGCCCUGAAUGUGAACCUCUAUGGCACCACCCAUCCAGUGCUUGUUUCUGACGCCAGGGACAUUGCUGGCGACAAGAUGUUGGUGGGUGCCCUUGACUCAGCCUGUAACAGGACUUGCUCGAGCCCUAAGUGGUUGGAAGCCUAUGUGCAGAAGAUCCGCCAAUCUGCACCAGCAUUCAUUUCCAAUUUGAUUCAGGAAGUUGUUGAACAUGAGAAUUUCAGAUUUGGAAAUGGUGGCAUUGUCCCAAGCACACAUCGUUGGCGUCUUCCAGCUUUCGUGGGUGGUCGUGUUUUGCUGCUUUGGGUUUCACAAGUGCCAGUUCCUUCACUAAGUCUUUUACUUGGCCGAGAUUUUUUGGAGUCAGUUGGUGGAGUGCUGGACUUCGCAGACAAAACCAUCAGUUUCAAGCAUCUUGAAGCCAAGACUCAACGACUGGAGCAGAUGUCAGCUGGGCAUUACAUGCUGCCCUUGGUCGCCAACACUUGGCCAAGGCUCCCAGAGGGUCGUUGGAAACGUUGCGGUUUGGAUGGCAUCAUAGAGUUGCAGUUGAAUGUCAAAGUGGACGUCAUCAAGUUCUCUCCACUGAGUGCGUCAGUGAUGAGUGCUGCACCGCUGGGCAAGCACGACUUGAACGAGACCAUUCGAUACCUGAGCCCUGCGGGGUUCAACCGAUUGUUCAAGACCUUGCCAUGGCAUAUCCAGCAAGUGCGGCUUCAAGCCAGCCUGCACCCAAGCCUGUUGCUCAAACCAAAGACGCCGAGUUUGUCAGUGGCCCAGCCCAAGACUCCAGGAAGCGGAUCUUUGACGUCAACGCCGUCAACAGCCGCUCCUGCAGAGGCCAAUCAACAGUUGCACGAUCGAGGAGGAUCAACUGCAGUUCGUCGAGAGCCGAGUCACGGCAAUGCUAAAGAACCGAGUGGGCCAUUUCCUGAGCGACUCCGAGAAUCGCAUGCAGGCCAUGCUCAGCCAAGUGAUGCAACAAGUGAUGGGCAUGAGCAAUCCUCCGAUGAAUGGUGCAGCAACACAAGAGACCACGGAUGCAAACAUGGUGGCACCGUUUCCUCCAGAGAUGCCACGCUGAAUGAUGAUUUUCAGCUUCCUGCGUCGUUGAAGGUGAAGCCGGCAGUUCGCCAGAUGAUUUCUCAAGCCUGGCAACAACAUCGCCGAGACCAAUUGGCGAUAUCAACCAAUCGGCAACGUGUCAUGGAAAUUUUCAAUAUGACUUGGAUGAAUGAGAUGAGGCAGCAUGAGCGUCAAGUGUUUUCCAUGGAAGUGAAGCUGUCAGACCCUUUUGUGACCGAAGUUUUCACUGACACUGAGCCGAUAGCUGCUGCUGCCAGACGUGUUGGUUUGAAUGCUGGAGAUAGUUUAACCCUGAAGACUGGCUGGGACUUUAUGCAACCCAGUCGUCGUGAAGCAGCGUUGAGCUUGAUUGCAGAAACCAAACCUGAAGUCGUAAUCCUGGUUUUUCCUUGCGGGCCUUGGUCGCCUCUGCAUAGGCUUAAUCCACCCGCAGAUUUGGAUGAACGACGUGCAGCAGCUCGUGAAUUGGUUCUUUUUGCAAUCAAGGUUGCAGAGUUGCAGCUGUGA